UAGCCUGAAUGCAGAAGCAAAAAAGAAUUUGCCUGUUAAAGAAAAUUAUUGUAUCACCGAUACUAAAUUUAUAAAAGAGAAAGCCAAAUUGAUUAACGACAGAAUGAAAAAAAUACACAUCCCUGUAAAGCCAAAAGACUUUCUUAAAGCGUUAGUAUGUACAAGACGUCUCAAUAGCGAGAUAGUUGAACUCCUAAAGAAAAAAAAGAAAACUAGUCCGAAGAAACUUUCGAAAAAACAGAAAACAGAAAAGAAGUCUGAUGGAGCUGUUGCGGGAAAAUAUUUGAAAGAAACCGGAAGUAAAUCUGAUGAUGACCCCAUAAAGAUCAAAUACAAGAAGUGGGUAAAUCAAGGUGCUGCAAUAAGUUUAAAAGAAAUGAAGGAUUUAUACCUUAUUGAAUUUAUGGCGAAUAUCCUCUACACGCAUGGUCGUAUGUAUUUUUACAAAAGCAAAAACGAAGAGGAAGCGCAGGUUUAUGAACAUGACUUGCGCCUCGCUUAUGAGCUAUCUGUCAUAAUUAAAGAGGAGAGCGGCAAACAGAUAGCCACGCUGCUUU